AUGUACGGAGACCUGGCUAAUAAAUUGGUCCUCGAGGCGAAGAGAACAAAACAACUAAACAGUAGAAGUAUUCAGCAGUCGAAACUACCAUUAUAUCAUGAAGAGUUAGUACAGAACAUUUUGAAAGAAGUGGGACAACUGAAGAAGAAUUCAGAAUACUUGAAGCAGCACCAAAUCCUAGAUGACGUAGGUGGUAAGGUCUCUAAAUGCCAAUAUUUUGUCACGCUUUUGUGUAUGGAAAGAAAUAAACGGUGCCUCUUGGCAUAUCAAAAGCUGAGAACCGAUACACUGGACAAAUUUGCAUGGGAUAAUAAUGGAAUAGAUUUAUUGAACGGCUUUGACGAUGUUGAUCAGAAUGCCAGCGAUUUAUCGCGCCAUGAACUUGAAUAUGUGAAAGAAUAUUCUGAUUUGAUUACCGAUCUAAAAAGUGGCGAGCUAGCAAACGUGGACUUAUCUGGCAGUUUGAAACCACCAAGUGACGUGUUCAUAGAUGUAAGGGUAUUGAAAGAUGCGGGGGAGAUCCAAACCGAGUAUGGUGUAUUCAAUCUGAUCAAAGACUCUCAAUUUUUUGUUAGGCAAUCAGACGUGGAAAGGCUCAUACAGCAGGGGUAUUUACAAAAAAUAUGA